GGGGCAGCUUCACAAGGGAAGUCUUCAUGCUCAGUAAUGUAAUUCCACUGCAAAGGCUGAAAACAAUGGGAAUACAUUCUACCUGAAGAAGCAAAACUGCCCUUUAUCUUCAAGGAUAAACUAUGCUUCUUUUUUUUUUUUUUUAAUUUUUUAAUUUUGUGGGUUUUUUUUUUUCUUCUGUUAACCUGAGAGAUACACAGUUGGUUUGGAGCCUUUCCCUUCAGAUUAUGUUAAACUCUGACUCCUGUGCAAAUGGCUUCACUUCCAUUUUCAAAUUUUAAGCAAUCAUAUUUUCAAUUUAUAUAUUGUAUUUCUUAAUAUUAUGACCAAGAAUUUUACUGGCAUUAAUUUUUCAGUGUAGUUUGUUGGUUAGAAUAAUCAUCAAAAUGAUGCAUAUUGUUACACUACUAUUAACUAGGCUUGGAUAUCAGUGUUUCUUUGUGUUAAAUGUAUACUUGUAAAUAAAAUAGCUGCAAACCUUCACGUUCUCCUUAUAACUUUUUGGUGGUUGCCCCAUGCCAGCUUCUGUGUGAGAUGUUCACCUGUUGGCCUUAAGAGGAGCGCGCAAUGGCUUAGGAGGAAAUCCCAUCCACUUGUACUGCUGCAACUCCGAGGUGCCAGGAUAGCUCAGCUGGAUUUUGUGCUGGUUGUAGAAAGGAGAAGCAACGAACACCUUUGUAAAGGUGCCAGGGGAAGGUUUGGAGGGAGGAGCUGGGUUUGGUCAAACAGCACUGCUUGUUCCUUUGUGUGACCGUGAGAGCUGCAGGCUGAAGGGCACACAUCUGUUCCAAGGAGCGGGCUGGCAUGCAGCUGGGCACUCUCAGGUUGGAAUGGAUUUAGCCAAGUUAAACUUGCUAAGAAAACAAAACUGUUGAUUAAAAUAAAUUGCACGUCGAACAAAUAGAUGUGAGUUGCUUAUCAUGCAUUUCUGUACUCGUGCAUCCAGCUAACGUGGGCUCCCAGCACCUGGCCUUUCACCAAGGCCUGGUCCCAGUGCUGCCUUGGGCAGCUUCUUCAGUCUGGAAGCAAACUAUUGGAACUUGGUAUUUGAAAGGAAAAAAUGUGCAGUUGACAUACUUUGUGUAGAAGAUGCUGAUGUAGGGAAAGGUUUCUUAAAUGAAGUGUUUUCUCAUACAUCUGAGUCCAUUGAAAAGUUUUAAUUCUUGGCAGGAAUAAAAUGGAAGGGAUACUUGCAGUGUUUCUGCAACCAGACUUAGCUUUUGCUUUUCAGUCUGUGCUAAAUGAUGCAGAUGCGACAAGUCUCAUCUCUGUGUGUUGGCCUCGGGCUGUUCAUUGCCUGAACAAUUAGCACUUGUGGAAAAACUUUACUUUCAGGAUUCAGAACGUGACCUUCAGUGGAACCCGAGGACAGCAUGUGUGUGGAAGGCACCGUCCAGCAGUGAGGAUCCUGGGUAGCCUCGCUCCUUUCUGCUGACUGAGGGGUUCCAAGAGCUGUGCUGGAGAGAGGCAGAGACCCUUCUGGAGGUGCCUUCAAUCCAUGAGAAUGGGGAAGACGUGGCUGAGCUUCAGCAGCACUGGCGCUACUGCCCAGAGAGCUGCGGGUGCCCCUUUUCUGAAGGUGCUCAGGGUUGGGUUGGAUGGGGCCUUGGGCAGCCUGAGCUGGUUGGUGAUGGGCAGGCAGCCCAUGGCAGGGGUGGUAACUGGGUGGGUUUUGAGGUAGCCGCACUGCCAGUCUGCCUUCUUAUUGCUGUCUAUUCCAAAUAAUGAUGUUAUAAAGAAAUCCUUCCAAAAGAAGCAGCAAACAUGCACCGCUAAUCAGCCAAAGCCCUGCCAAGCAAAUCUAUUGUUUCGCUGCCUGUCCCCAGUCAAAACCCCAUGCUCAGCAGCCCCAGACCCCAUUCUGCCAACUAAGCACGGCUGUGCAAAGCCCCGACUCCCACUGCUUUGUCCCAAAAGCCUCGUGGCAGCAGCUCCACUGCCCAGCCCAUAUAUAGCGGGGUGGCCUCGCGUGCUGCGGGGUCGGGUCAGCUUCUGAUUUACGGUCCUGGAGAGCAGCCAUCAGGAAAUGUCUCAGUGCUCAGGAAAAAUCACCUUCUACGAAGGGAAAUGCUUCUCAGGCAGGAAGCUGGAGGUGUGCGGCACCUGCAGCAGCUUCCAGCAGCGAGGCUUCCCCCACCGCGUCAACUCCAUCCGCGUGCAGAGCGGGGCCUGGGUCUGCUUCGACCACCCCGAGCUGCACGGGCAGCAGUUUGUGCUGGAGCACGGCGAGUACCCGCACUGGCAGCGCUGGAACGGCCGUGGCGACCGCAUGGGCUCCUGCCGACCUGUGGGCAUGCACGGGCAGCACUACCGCAUCCAGCUGUUUGAAGGGAGCUGCUUCGGCGGCCGCAGCAUGGAGCUCACUGAGGACUGCUCCUGUCUGCGGGGCCGGGGCUGGGAGCAGCCCCACGUCAACGCCGUCAGGGUGUAUGGUGAUGGCGCUCAGGGCUUUCGCUUUGUAAGUGGCUUCCCCGGGGCUUCCUGCGACACCAGAAACCUCCUUGGACUGCAAACGUGAGGCAGCAGCACCUCACCUUCAAAUUACAUCCUUUUUCUUAAAGACAACAGCAACUGCUGUGGUGUGGAGGUGAGAUGCUGGCAUCCCCCUGUGAGGACUUUGGUGCCUUGUGAAGCUGCUUUGUGGAUGCAUUACCCCACCCUUCUGCCCCACAGAAUUCCCAAGCACUUCUGCAGGGGAGCAGCUCUGCCUUGUUCCAGCUGUUGGGUGGCAAAGUGCCCCAGUGCCAUUACAUUUUGGCUGUUCUAGGCUGGAUUUGCACAUCUGAUGCUGGGCAUCCCAGAACAGGAAGAACUAUGCUGCAUUCCAAUUCCUGACACCGGGUGUACUGUGGAACUUUUUCUGAUUCAACAGAAGACCUUUCCAUUUCAUAAAAAGAAAAAAAGAAAAAAAAAAUAACCAGGCUUAGAAUCAUAGAAUCACAGAGUUGUUAUGGCUGGAAAAGACCACUGAGAUCACCGAGUCCAACUCCAUCCCACCAUGCUCAAUAACCACAUCCCUCAGUGCCACAGUUCCAUGGUUCUGGAACACAGGAUGUCUUCGUUGCCCACUCAUGGGUACACAGAGUUGGUUUGUUACCACCAAGGAGCUCCCAAGGGAAGAGCAGCCAGAGCCCAACAGGGGCCCCGCACCAUGAGCAGGACCAGUGCCAUAAAGCUAAGAGCCCAUGAGAGCUGUGGGACCAAUGAUUCAUCACACGUGUCCCUGUAGCAGAGACUGGAGUCUGAGAAGUUGGGAUGCUGCCCAGGAACUCUCAAGCACUUGAAUUUUUCAGAUUGAUUUCCCUCUCAUUGAUAUGCAUAAUAAGGGCCACAAAGCUUUCUUUCCCUCACAUGAGUCUAGAUGUUUGCCUGCUUAUGUUUGCAUGACGUGACUUUUUGAAGGCUUUCGAUGCCUUUGCCCUUGCAUGCCAUAGGGAUUGAGGACAAGCAGACAGAAAUGGUGCUGAUGAAGCCGUGGAAGCAAAUGCUCAAAUGGAAGUGCUGUUGUGGGGCACUUCUGAGGUGUCUCUGUCCCUUCAGGAGCUUCACUGCUCAAUGGGAAGUGUCUUUGGCCAUCCAGCUUUCCUCAGGAUCCAUCACCAGAUAAACCAACACAGCACAUCCCACCAUGAUGAUGGCUAUUCCACAGCAGAGGGGCUGGUGCUGUCCUUGUUCAUUGCAGGGGAGUUGGAGCAGAUGACCUUGAAAGGUCCCUUCCAACACAAAUGACUCUGCAGUGCUACGAAAUAAAGGAAGUGCAAAGUAAGGCACACAAGUCCUCACUCAUCACCUUGUGUGGCCAAUAUGCCUCAGUCCCACUUUUCUGGUGUUCUCUGUGCUCCCUUUUUUUUUUUUUUUCCACAGCCUUCCCUAAGUGGAGGAACAAGUGAUCCUGGUGGGUCCCUUCCAAUUUGGCCUAUGAUUCUGUUCCAUACGCAGAGAAACAAGUUGAUGGGAUGGGGUAGAAAAGGAAGAAAUCCAUGUGUGUAUUAUGCACAAGGCUGGGGUGCAUUCAGCGGAGAAGAACGAUGUUAUACAUUGCUCUUAAUUAACAUGAAGAGCUGAGCAACCUCUCCAAGAGUGAACACUGGGAUACACGAUGAGGGCACAGAGCUCUGGGGCACCCUGCCCUACAGCUGGGUGAGCAGCACUGCGAAGCGAGCCUCGAGGAAAGCCUGUGCAUGGCUUUGUCAUCCCCUUUUGGAUAGAAACCGGCUGCAAAAAGUACUGGAGGAUGAGCUUGUUCAUUUGUAGGAAACACCCUAGAGCCAGCUGUUUGGCCAAGCACUCUUUGGCAAUGCUGCAUGCUUGCAGACCGCAGCUGUGCCAGCAGCGCAGUGGGACCAGGCAGGCAGCCGGUGCUGUGCGGACAGAUGGAGCUGAGACCUACCUGGAGGCAUCCCAAUAGUGCACAUCAACCCGAACACACCCAGCAGUCCUUGGGGUGGCUCAGCUGAAUGCUCCCAGCUUUUGUAUUAUAGCUCAUGGGUGGUUGGCUUUACAAAUGAAUGCUUUUCCUACGGACGCAGCUUUUUGCUCUGGGUCAGGCUGCUCUGAGCUCGCCAGCUGUUGGCUGACCCUGCAGCAGGGAAAAGAGAAUGUGUUAAGUACAGAUAAAGGUAUGGUUCCUAAAGACCCACUUCUAGGAAGUAAAAUGCAUUUCAUGUGUUGCAGUGAGGACAUUUCUGCUUUUAGUCCAAAAUGGGGCUGAGGGGACUCACAUCCCUCUGUAGCAAUACCGGAUCAUAGAAUCACAACACCACAGCAUCAUAGGGGUUGGAAGGGACCUCUGGAGAUCAUCCCAUCCAACUCCCCACUAAAGCAGGUUCCCCACAGUAGGUUACACAAGAAAGCAUCCAGGCAGGUCUUGAACAUCUCCAGAGAUGGAGACUCCACAGCUUUCCUGGGCAGUCUGUUCCAGUGCUCUGUCACCAGUGCUGUGAAAUUGUUUCUGUUAUGUGUUAUGAAGAUCGUCAAGGUCACGUCCCAGCAUAAACACCCCAUCCCUACAGCGACAUGAAGGGGGAAACGUCCCGUGUGGGCUUUGGGGCUGGCAUCACCCAACCGUGGGGACCCCAUUAAUCCUUCCUUUUUGCUCAGGUGGGUGCUCUACGAGGAGCCCAACUACGGAGGCCGCAUGUAUGUGGUGGAGCGGGGCGAGUUUGGCAACUUCCGAGCAUGGCAGGGCUUCAGUGCCAACGUCCAGUCCGUCCGGAGAGUUAUCAACUACUUCUAGCUGAGACCAUCACAUUGGAGCUGUUGGGCUGCUGGGCUGGGUGUCAACCCUUCAACUCACUGACCCAUGAAAUAAACUGUUCAAUGUCAAA